UCUGUAUAUAUAUGUACACAUAUAUAAACAAAAACAUGUUUGCACGCGUAAUGGUUACGACGAAUGAAUAAAAUAAUAAAAUUACACAUAAAAAACGGAAAAUAAUAAAUAACCCAAAAUGUUUUCGCAAUAUCGCGAUAUGAUAAAUAAUAAAGAUGAAGAAGGUCUCAAAGGAUUGAUUGAAAAGUCAAACGCAUCCCAGCUCGCAGAAUUAAUUGUACCUCGGAUAAGUCACGACGACGCGCCAAAACUCCUCGACGAAAUAUUAAAUUACAUACCGAAUUCCGAAGCCGGUCAGACGACGCGUCGAAAAUUUGUCGAGGGUGUUUUGAAAACGAUUAAAAAGUCACAGAUAACUGGAUCCCAUGCUAAUUCACUGGUGAAUCGAAUCGUUCAAGACUUUCCCAAGUAUUCUAAACUGCAAUUAGUUAAAUUGGUCGACUAUUGUUUGAAUAGCAUUAGAAAUAAUGACGACGAUUUUUAUUCAUGGAAAGAUAUACUGCCGUUGUUGCUACAAGUCUUGGAAGACGAGAAAUAUAUUAAUUAUAAAGGUUCCGAACUAACGGGCACACAAUACAAAUCUCAAAUAGUUAAAUCAGUCUGCAACCAGCCAUGGGACCCAACAAUUUUGACUCCUUUGACCAAAAUGUUUAGCGAAAUUCCCAUGGAGUCAGUGGACCACACUCUGGUAAUUCGCGCGAUUUGCGACAAAGUACCGGAAGUAAAUUACAAUGAGAUUCCGCCUUUGGUCCACCAGUUGCUGAAGCUAAGCAAGAACCAGGAUUGCAAGCUGGUGAUAAAUACUUUGCAGCAGUAUUUUUCAAACCUCUACGCUCAAGCACCCGAUGAGAGUCCCAGCGUUUUCGAGAGUGCCUGCGAAAGUAUCGGGCAAGUUGCCAUGAAAGACGUCCAGGACACCGAGAGCACGGUGCUCUAUCACAUUCGCCAGUCGGUUUCCCUGAACCACUCGAGUCUUAAAGAUUUCCUGCGUAAUCUCAAGGUGAUAACAAACGCGCCCGAGUACAUUCUUAAUCCCUUUCCGAUGUCCGUCUUGCUGCUAGUGACUGACAUCUACGAAGACCAGAUAUUUGACAUAAUAAAACUUGCACUCGCGCGCAAGAUCCAAGAUGACGAGAAGCGUAAAUCAGUCCACUGGCUACGGGAGGUCCUGCCUUCAGAUCUUCAGCCCAUGGACAUAAUAAACCAGAUCAUUGACAACAGCACCAAAGACCGGCAUCUAGUUCUCCGUGGGCUAGUGGAUCUUGCCUUCGUGCUCUUGGAAACAAAGUCAAAGCUCCAGGAUACCGAGGAAGAUUCUCUUCAUGACAUCGGGAAUAAAAUUCUUCAGAAAUUAAUUAAAAAACGACACGAAAUAGGUUCCACUGUCUUGCAAAGUCUCACUAAAAAAAUAAUAGCCGGUGGCAACGUCGUCACCCAGUUCACCGAGUGCUUGUCAUACAUGUGCCGGAAGAUGACCUUGAUAGUCCUGGACUCCCAGGUCUGGAUCACUACACUCUUGGAACAGCUCCUGUCAAUUCCCGGAGAGUCAGCGACCCAAGUUCUGCUGGCGACUCUCCCUCUAAUCCGGGUGUCCACCAGCAUUCGCGAUACCCUGGUGCUCAUUUUACGGAAAGCGCUGUACCGGAAAGGAGUCCAGACUCGACAGAUGGCGAUAACCGGGUUCCUGCAGUUCCUCAUGAACCUCAAGAUCACGCCGUUCAGUCUCAGCCAGACAUCCACCAGCACCAACACGUCUAGCACCAGCUCCAGUUCUAUUUACACUCAGGCAACGAUUGAACGCGGGAGCCAGCGACCUAAUCCGCGGCACAACGCAGCUUUUUGCCAUGAGAUCUUGAGCAUCCUGGCGCGCUGCUUGUGCCACCAAGCGGAAGUGCGCCAGCACUUGUACAAAGGUCUCUGCGCGGCUGUUUCCAUGAACCCCGAGCUUGCUGAGCACGUCAUCGACAUGCUGAUGUCACAUUUUCUUGAGUACUACGAAACAGACGAAGCUAUCAAGCCCGCGAUUAAAUUUGACGCCUGCUGCAACAUCAACGCAGGCGAUGCGGUUCUGGUUGAGCCCAUCGGCGAUUUAUUAUUCGCGUUGCAAAAAAUUUAUUGUGAGGUUGCGCACAAAGAACUGGCUUCCAUCGACAAGCUGAGCAUGAUUUUGGAGUCGCUGAGCCGCAGAAUGGCGAUGACGGAACUGGAAGACCUGAACCUGGAUGACAAUACCGAAUUGCUGGACAAUAUUCCUAAAGCGCAGCAGAAGGCUUACUCGCUGAAAUUAAUUAUUGUCGUGCUGGAAACUUUGAUCGCUUAUAGAAUAAACUCGUGGUCGCCGCACGGUCAAAAUAUCCCGCAGAAUGUCACCAGUUUGUUCAAGUCCAUGAUGGAAAUGGUGAACUUCAGUAAGAAAGUGACAAAACCCAAAAAGGCCGAAGGUAAAAAUAAAAAGGACAAGAACCCAAAUGACACGACGUUUAAAAAACCUCGUGGAUCUCGGUCGAGCAUAAAAUUACUGCCCACGAUAAUGGACAUUCAGACGAUGCGCAAGAUGAUUUGUUUGCUGUAUGAUGACCAGGUCGUUUGGGCGACCAAGGAACAGGCGGCGGUGCUGAAGAAGAGGAUCGACUUGCAUCACUACGCGCUCAGAACUUGCGUCCAGAUUUUUAAUGCAACCAAGCAGCUGCCUGUUUACGAGCGUAAGAAACACGGGGAUAAAUUUAUCAAAGAUUAUAUUGAGGUGGGGGAAAUUAUUUACAAGGAGAUCAUUUGCAACUUUGAUACUGUGAGAGCUUUUGAUGAAGAGACGGCUAUUUUGGGGCUCGAAUGUUUCAGGGAAUUGUGCGAGUUGAUGGUCACUACUUUCAGUAAUGACCUCGAUGCGUUUUUUACUAAAAUAUGCGGCGAUGAAGUAAAUUUGAUCGCGAAAGUGAGCAAGUUGAUUUCGACGCUCCAAGUUUUGAUCCAGACUCACUAUGAGGAGGAAUUGGGAGAACAGGAAACGACGAGGAAGAUUCCGCUGACAUUAUUUGAGAUUAUUGCGGUCCUGAUUAAUAAAAUAUCAUUUAAUAAUACGAAAUUGGAUAAGAUAUUUGAAUGGCUAAAAGAAAUGUCUAAGUCAAAUAAAACAAUAGAUCCAUCAAUUGCUGUAAUAAUAUUGCAACUAAUGACAUUUAUCGAAGAACACGACAUGGACUACGGAAAGACAUUAGACGAAAUGAGUCUGGAGUUGUGUAAAAAACAAGGUACUGUUGACACCUCGGUGCAAAAUGUCAGCGCAGUCUAUACGAUAAUAAAUGAGAACACGAUAACCCAAACCCACACCGUGUUCAGCAACGCGUUGAAAAAUAAAUUAAAUAACGCGGCCUGGGCACUAGGAAGACUCAAAGCCGAGCAGACCAUCGCCAACACAAGUCCCGUCGUGGACGAAUUGUAUCGCGAGCAAAUAAAAAACAAAGAACGUUGUCUCUGCAAGCAAUUGUUGUAUACCAUAAGCACACUUGAGUACGUAGCAAAUGUUGCCAUCAGCCCAGGACCCAAUACCGAGAUGACAUUCAAAAAUCUUCAUCAGCUCUACAGUAUUAUAAAUGCGCUGACCAAAUAUUUUACCAGCAAAUCGACCCAGCAGAACCCAGCGUUUCAACAUGUGAGAUUUACUCAGCUCGUUGAGUUGGCGGGCAAAGGACUUAAGACGACUUUUUAUAACUUGAUAACUUAUAUGGAGGAAAAUCAACACGGCGGUCGCAAAGCUGAUGGUCAAGCGUUGAGAAAUAAAGUUUUGAAGGAAACUAAAUUUAUUCCAAAAGUUGUCUAUGAAGUUGAACAGUUUCAAAAGGAAAUUUUGGCGCUUAGCAAAAAAACUGGGAUACAUUUGGAGGCGCACAUAAAACACAGUAUUACCCGCGACUUUAGAAUAAAACAACCAGAGUUAGUUGAAGGACUCGAAAGAUUGGACAUUACUCAAAUGAUGUCACAAAAUACAACACGCGAUCAAACUUCACAGCGACAUAUCUCGCUCGAUGACUCAUCGGACCUAUCAGAUGUUGGGGAAAGCGAUUCUACGGAUUACAAUCAACCGUCAAAAAGACCAAGGCGGGAAUCUUCUUAA